AUGGAGUCGAAUGCCAACCAAUGCCGAUGCCCGGAGAGAUACCCACAGCCGUGGAAAGCCCCCCUCAUUAGCCUAAUUGGCCUCGCUUUUGUGGUUUUGGUUGUGAUAUUGGUGGUGCGGUAUGUGAUGUCUCAUUCGUUCUCUCUUGCUAUGUCUGUCGUGCUAACAGUUAUUUCUGAAGGUUCCAUGGCCAGAGGGCCUCCUGAACUACCAACGGAAUUAUUUCGAACAGAAGGACGAGGAGCUUGGGCUAAAGUCGUUGAUGAGUGCCUGACUCUAGCCCGAGAGGCCCCAUCUCUUCAGCCAGGCACGGCCCAGUCCCCCGCGACAAGCGAGAUGGACGCGGACGAGCAGGAAGCGGAAGAGAAGAAGCCUACCCCUCCCCGUCUUAUCGUCCCGUACGACAACUGCGCCGGCGACGAUCUCCCCCUGGUGCAAAAGGCAGACUGUGAGUCAGUGGAGUUUGCCGUGCCACCGCAGGGAUGCCGCCUGGCUCCUCAGCCCGGAGAUUUCGGAACCAUUCCCGACAUCUUCCACGCCCUCAAAGACAAGGGCGUGAUUAGGUGUUGGGAGAAGGAUGUGGUGCCGUGGUCGGGGUGGUUCUGUUAUGCUGCCUACGUCUUCCACUACCUCGUCCACGGCACUAGCAAGAGGAGGAUAUUUCAGAAAAGAUUAUGUUCUGUUUUGUUUUCUUAUUCCAACCGCCUACCCCGGAACCGGCCGAAUGGUGGAUCCGCUCAUCCUUUUCCUCCCGCAGGCCGUCACCCCCUGCUCAUCAUCCGGGGCGAGAAUACCAUGGCUGCCAUCGAUAGCGUUCAACCCGCACUGGUAGAGCGCCUCUACGAGUAA